AUGGUCGUUGCCGACAAAACGAAAGGGCAAGUUUUCAUCAAACAGUCAAAUGAUCAGCUCAUGCAUUUCUGCUGGAAGAACAGAGAAACAGGAGCCGUGGUUGAUGAUCUCAUAAUAUUUCCGGGAGAUACAGAAUUCAAGGAAGUGAAGGGAUGUCCUGACGGCAAAGUGAAUGAUGCUCUUAAUAAGCCACCAACUACUCGUGCUACCGCUCGAGGAGGCUCUUCGGAACGAACUACUGGAGGGUUGUCAACAGCUAAUUUAGCGGGCCUCAGUGGCAGUGAGGAACUAGGGGCACUCGGAGGACUCGAUCAGCAGCAACUGAUGCAGCUCCUACAGUUUAUGAAUCAGGCUGCUAACACCUUUGGCCAUGCCCUCUCUACUGGACAAAUGGCUCCUGUCUUAGAAAGAUUCGGUAUCAGCGAAGGGGCUGCCCAAGCAGCUGCUACCGGAAAUUUGCUGGAGUUUGCUAGAAAACUGACAGAAGCUGAACGUGGUCUUGAGGCUUCUCAACCAGCCAAUGAACCUGCUGCUAGCGCCAGUGUAGAAACGGCUGUUGAGAUGCAAGAUGAAGAUGCUGAGGAACCCGUCAAGGAGCCAGAACCCAAGCGUGGAAAAACUGAAGAAGAUGAGAUGGAUUUGGACUAA